UGCGUGCACACGUACAGUGCGUGCAAGGCGCCCCCUGCCCCCUGCCCGCUCGCCACGCGGCUGGCUGCACGCAGCCUUCGACCCGGACCGCAGUGUCCACCAGCGGCGUGGCCGGUGUUGGGAGCAGGAGGAGGAUGUCUCCUCGCGGCCGGGUGCUGUGCGUGGGACUCGUGUGCCUGGACAUCAUCAGCGUGGUCGACUCGUACCCCGAGGAGGACACGGACACGAGAUGCGUGUCCCAGCGCUGGCAGCGAGGGGGGAAUGCGUCCAACACCUGCACGGUUCUGUCCCAGCUCGGGGUGCCGUGCGCCUUCAUGGGGUCGCUGGCUGCAGGCAGAGUCGCAGACUUCGUGCGGGAGGAGCUGCAGGCGAGCGGCGUGGAUGCGGGGCUCGUGGUCGUGCACGCGAACUGUCGCGCCCCGCCCUCCUCCGUGGUCAUCGCGAACCGGCGCACGGGCAGCCGCACCAUCCUGCACAGCAACCGUUUCAUCACGGACGAUUUCUCUCGCUGCGGGGUGGACGCCUCACUCGUGGUUCGGCACGCGGCCGGCGUCACGCCAUGUGCCUGCUGCUCGCUCAGCCUCGCCUCGGGCUCGCGAACCGUCCUCCUGUGGGAUCUGGAUCUACCCGAGAUCUCGGCGGACGAUUUCAGCAAAGUCGACCUCGGCCCUUUCAGGUGGAUUCACUGGGAGGGCAGGAACGGCGACGAGCAGGUGCGCAUGAUCGCGCGCGUCAACGAGAUGAACGGACGCCGAGACCCCGGGGAAGCCAUCACGGUGUCGGUGGAGAUAGAGAAGCCCGAGAAACUCGACACGCAUCAGCUGAUGGGCCACGGCGACGUGGUUUUCAUCAGUAAGGACUUUGCAAAGCACGCUGGGUACGAUUCAGCUGAAGCGGCAGUGCGAGGGCUCUACGGCAGAGUGAAGCGAGGCGCCGUCCUGGUGUGCGCGUGGGGGGAGCAGGGGGCGGCGGCGACGGGCCCGGGCGGGGAGGUGGCGCGCUCCCCUGCGUUCCCGCCGCCCACCUUGGUGGACACGCUCGGCGCGGGGGACACCUUCAUCGCCGGCGUCAUCGCGGCGCUGUCGCGGGGCCAGUCCCUGCAGGAGGCGCUCACGUUUGGGUGCCGUGUCGCCGGCAAGAAGUGCGGGGUUCAGGGCUACGAGGGCCUGGGGGAGCUGUGCUGAUCGCUCAGGGCCGCGGUGGCACCUCCGCUUAGCACGGUUGGCUACGUACUGUGCGAAGGAAGUUCAACAUACAUGCAAGUCAGUGCCAUGUCGAGUGCCUAUAGUGGGUCGUGGGCUAGACGAGGUGUUAGGUGAAGACUUCACACCAGAGACUGGGCGAGGUGGGGGCUAGAGUUAGUGGCCAGGGUUAGGAUAGAGACCAUGGCUUGCACCAGUGUUGAGCCAAGUUAAAUUUCACAAUUUUCCUGCACGUUCAAUUGUUGCACGGCAUCCCACGAGAGGCAAUUCAGCUGCCUUGCUUCUGCAAACGUCGGCAACCGAUUGAGCCGUUCAAUUCAGCCACAGCCAAUGUGUUGAGUUCUCGCCCUGGUUAAGCAAUAUUCACCCGAGCUCGUUCAUAAUAAUUAUACACGAGGCCGGGAGUGCUGACCACCACCCCCCCCCCUCUCUCCAGCCUGGACGAUCCAGCCCAGCAAGAUUCAUAGGGGAUCUAGGCAAGCAACUACAUCAGCUUGACCUAUGAAUAAACCAUAUUUAUUGAAGUUACAAUUGAUACAAUGGGUGUGAAAUAAUCAGGGUGUUGUAUUUACCUUCGUAAGGAUUGUUGAAUCCCAGUUGCUGAUUUAACACUCGAAAUGCAGCGUGACAAUGAAGGCACGAUGGACGAGGCAGACAUGAGGUCAUAACGUGAUCCCAGAGUGCCUUCUUUGUAUCUGCAACCACCACAGAAUUUGGUUCAAACAAGCCUCGACUCUACAAGUCGAAACCGUUCCAGAGUUUUGAUUGUAUUGAAAGUGUGGCUGAAAUUAAGCGCUCUCAGAAGGCCAUGGAGUUGUGUAAAAAAACCCGUUUCAUGUGGAGAGAGGGAUAUGUUAAUAUAGACAACAUUUAUACAUUCCUGCAAUAAAAUUGCAUCAUUUGACUUGGCUUCAGGGUUGAUAAUUAAUCAUAGAACAAGCCCAGUGUUAGGCUUUAAGUGAGAGAGUGAGCAAGGAUUAGUAUUUGGCGAUUGGUCAGGUCUGUUACAUUCAGUGUUCACAUUCAGGUUAUGGUUACAUUCUUCAUUAACACGACAAUUCAGAUUAGCUGGAUGAGUUACAAGUUUGGUACUUUCAUUGAUGUGACCAGGACUAUUUAGGGCUAUGGACUAGGCAGGCAGUGGUCUUCAUGAAAAGUUGCUCUUGAAUGAUUCAACCGUGCUGAAUCAAGCUGCCUAAUCUGCUUUUUGGUCUGAAGAGGCCAUACCCAAGUAGCAUGAAGAUAAACCCACAAGGUUUGUCGCGAACACGUGUGCUAAAAACAUCACCCAUCGCUAUCAACCAACUGCCCUUCAUGGUGAUAAAAGAACUGUGAUGAUUCUGAUGAUUGUAAAGUAUUUAAAAUACAUUUGUAAUUAAAUGUGUUACGGUGGAAUGUGAUUUUUUUAAUUGCCAAUGAUUGUGAUUUUUUUUCUAAUCAAAUAAAAUUAACUGUGAUUCCAGUGGUGAUUAAGUAAAUGUUGUAUGAGAAUUGCAUUGUAAAAAUAAACGCAUAGCAGAAAAAGAAUUAA